UGUGGAGCUAUUAUACACUGCGUGUGAAGUCGUUAUUUGGGUUCGGUCUGCGGCCGUUUGCCAUCCGCGUCCCAUACACCUGCUUAUCGCACCUGCACUAGUGGCAGCAUUUGUGCUGAUGUUGAUGACUACUGUGUAAAAAUGACCAGUAGGAGUAAAUAUCCUUCAGAUCUAAAACUACCAGUCCGCCCUGCCCCAGCUCCACCUCCUGGUCAUCCAGCUGGUCCCUCCAUUGCAAAACCAUCAUUCACAUUAAUGGAAAGUUGGGAGAGUUUUGAUGACUCCUUUAGUGACUCAUUUUCGAAAAAAGGACCUCCUCAGCUAUCAGCAUGGCCGGAUAGUCAAACUCAGAAAAAGGUUCCACCACCCAGACCCCCUCCACCAAAAAUUGCUUUAAUUAAACCAGGAGGAAAGUCUGGUGGUAAACAUAGUUCUAAAUCAAAUGCAAAGCAGGCAUCACGUCCCACUGAGCUGUUAACAAACCUUUUCUCUCGUCGCGGACAGAAAGGUGAAUCACUCCACUCUCAAGGCUCUGUAGGCUUUAGCAACCAAAAUGUGACUGUCCCCCCAACUACAGUUUCUACUGCAGUGGCUACAGCUUCUUUAAUAGACCUAAGCUCUCCUCCUAGUUCGCCCACACCUACAACUAGAUCUUCUAGUGAUGGUUUGAGUGUGGACAGUUUUGGCAGUGAUGGCACCACAUCACACAGCCAUCAUCACUCUCAAGUUGAAAGUGGCUUCGAGGAUGAUUCCGACCUUUUUGGAGGAUUCACUGCAACCCCAAGCCCAGUUAAUAGAGAUCCUUGGGGUUCAUCCCCUUCCACCCCAAGUGACCUAUUUUCUCCUAUUAGCACAUCUACUGCCUCUUCAAAAAGUCCCUGGGGCCCUGCUCCACAAGACCCUUUCUCUCCUCCCAGGAAAUUCACUGCAUCCCCCACUCCAACUCCUGCAGUAUCAUUAUCUACCACCGCAUCAACUCCAGGAAUUGUGGCUUUUAAGCCAACUAUUAUUCGACCAAAAAUGAAGCCUAAUGGCUCUCCAUCUCUGAGUCGUGCCAAGUUAGCAGCAUCUCCAUUACCUAAUUUGCUGGAUGAUGGCCGUUCUGAAUCUCCCCCCAUGCCUUCAAUUCCCCCACCUGCACCUCCAUCAGAACUACUUAAAUCAGACACAUUUUCAUCUGCCAUGGGAAAUUUGAAUCUGAAAGAAAGCACGAAGCAAGGUCCACAUUGCAUUGCCUUGUUUGAUUAUGAGAGUUCACAUCCAGAUGAUUUAUCUUUUAUGGAAGGUGAUACAAUUUAUCUAGUGAAAGAGAUGGGAGAGUGGUUUAGAGGUCGUCUAUGGAAUAGAGAGGGUAUUUUCCCUGCAAGUUUUGUGAAAGUGGUUGUUCCACUCUCUGCUACAACUGCAGUAUUUGCUACUGCUCUCUACAACUUUACACCAGAAACUUGGGAAGAUUUGGAUCUGCAGGAAGGUGCUCAAGUUCAGUUAUUGUCCAGGAUAGACAAUGAUUGGCUGUAUGGUGAAUGUAAUGGGAAACGCGGCCAGUUCCCUGCCACCUUCAUAGACAAUGUGCCUUCGAACUUGCCCAUGCGCUCUUGACCCUGGAAUGUCAUAUAGGUUACUAUAUUUUAGUUUUUAUAAUGUGAUAUGUGCCAGGCCAGAACCAAAGUUUUAUUAUUGUGCCUGACAAGUAUGUUAUUAAUUUUAACCCGUAUUAUUUCUCUACAAUUUAAGUUGUGGAAACCAAUUUAAAUUGUUGAAAAACUAGGAGCACACAUAAAUGUCAAAGGGGGGUAGGGGGUAAUCGUCAAAUAAUCUGUCCAGUUAUGAGUGCAUAUAAGCCAAGCUUGCAUCACCCUUAAUCAUUACCUCUACGAACUGGACAGAUGUUUAUUAGCAGUUUACUUGAUAUUCAUUUUAUUGAAACUUCUCUUAUUUUGUUCAUAAAAUAUACUGGCCUGUUUUAUUAUUUGAUUGGCCCUAUAGCAUGCUGUUGCAUAGUAUUAUCCUACUGCAAUGCUUGAUUGCUCAAAUUUAUUAGGGUUUUCCACCUGGAACCAUGCAUUGUUUGUUAAACAGACAUUUGUUCAUUUAGUUAUUAGUAAGAUAAGGUAUGUCUCUAAGAGAUGUGGUGGAUUACCUGUGAUAUGAAAUGUUUUACUGUAAAACUGUUUAGCAUGCUUCUUUGAAGUACCCUCUAAGCAUAGACAAUAGAGAUGAGAUUUAUGUUAAAUUUCCACCAUGCUAUUCAGAUAUCAAUUUUUAAUCAUUAAAAUUGAUAAACGAAUCAACUUUUCAAACCUACAGAAAAGCGACUACUGUCCUUUUCUAGGCUCUGAAAUAUCAAAUUUUUUAGUGUGUGAUUUUUUUAAACAAGUGUUUGCCAAUCCUAAUCUGAUAUUUAGCUUUGGCAAUGUUUUAGAUUUUAGGCACCUGUUAUUAUUUUAUUUACUCAGCUUUGAUUUUUUAAAGAAAAAAGUACUGAAGCAAUUUGUGCAAUACUAAUUUUUAUGUGAGCGUCAAAGCCAGGUCCAAAUAGUUUUGAGAGAAUUUUUGUUAACUGGUAACAUUUCUGUGUUCUUGGGUCCUUUAUUGUUAUCCAUCAAUAUUUUGUACAAAACUUUCAGUGACCAAUUUUUUUAGUGUUUUGCAAUAGACUGUGUUUCUUAAACAAGUAA